AUGACCGCCGCCACUCUGUGCAGCAUCCCUGGAGCCGGGGCAUGCCCACCGCUGCUCCAUGGAGUGUCCCCGAGGCUGGGGAAUGCCCGCGGCUGCUCCGUGGAGCGUCCCCGGGGCCAGGCUAUGUCCGCCACUGCUCCAUGCAGCAUCCCUGGGGCCCCGCUGCUCCGGGAGUUCCCUGGCACUCUGGGUGACCCGAUGCCGGCGGGCCCCCCCCGUGCUGGGGACGCCCCAAUGCCGGCAGACCUGCCCCACGGGGCCACCUCCCCGAUGCCGGUGGCUUUGCCCACCCCGCCCAGGCUGCGCUACCGCCCUUUCCCUCCCCCGCGCGACCGCUGCCCCGAUGCCGCUGGGCUUACCCCGGCCCAGCGCUGGACCCUCUGGUUCACUCCCACCAAAAUGGCUCUUUUUUACGGAGGUACUUGGAUAUUUCUCCUCCUGACACUGUCUUUAAUGCUGGCUGAAUGUGGCAAGAUCCUGGUGGUACCUCAGGAUGGAAGUCAUUGGCUCAGCAUGCGCCCAGUGGUGGAGAAACUGCAGCAGAAGGGACACGAAGUUGUUGUGGUUGUGCCUGCAACCAGUCUGUAUAUGAAGUCAAAGGAGCCUCAGAAUUACACAGUGAAAGUGUAUCCAAUACCUUAUACGGAUGAAUACUUGGGUGAAAUGCUCAAAACCUUUGUUAAUGCUCAUUUUAUUGAACAAUCUGUUUGGAAUGUUGUUCUUACCUCGUACCAAAGCACAAUAGAAAUUUCCUCGGUCUUCUUCACCAACUGUAAGAGCCUUCUGCAGAACGAGGAGCUGAUGCAGUUCUUGAAAGAGAGCAACUUUGACGUGGUUUUCACUGAUCCCAUCCUGAUGUGUGGGCCCCUGGUGUCUGAGUAUCUUUCUGUUCCUUCCGUCUACUUCCUGCGGGGCUUUCCCUGUGGAAUGGAUUCUGCUGCUACCCAGUGUCCAAGCCCUCCUUCCUAUGUGCCCAGGUUAUUCUUGGAUAAUUCAGACAGCAUGAUGUUUUCCCAACGGGUGAAGAACAUGCUGGUCAAUCUGCUGGAACUCUUUUACUGUAAGCCUAUCUAUGAUAAAUUUGAAGAACUUGCAUAUGAGCUUUUCAAAAAGAAAGUGACAGCAACAGAACUCCUGAGCCGUGGAUCCUUGUGGCUGAUGAGAUACGAUUUUGUGUUUGAGUUCCCCAGACCAGUGAUGCCAAACAUGGCUUUUAUUGGAGGGAUUAACUGUGCUCAGAAGAAAAAUCUGUCCCAGGUUAUCACCAGCAUUAAACCCUCAGCCAUUUAUAACCAAGAAGGACCUGGACACAGGGUUGAGGUCAUGAACUGGUCCAACAUUGACCAUGAAUGA